AGCCGGGAUUGGGCCCGCCCGGCCCGCUCCGCGCGGGGGACGCGAGCUGCUCCUGUGCUGGUUGCCCGGUGUUCGCCCAGGAUUUAAAGCCGGCAAGUUUCGUCCUUCAGACCAACGACUUUCCCUCCGAUGCGGGAAGGACAGCUGACCCCCAACUGGGGCGUUUAAAAAGCUGAGCUGGGACUGGGUGAGUUUCGCUUCACGUUCCGGUUGAAAUGAAGCCGGGCUCGCAGGUCGCGUCGCCGGGGGUGCUGGCCCCGCGCGAGGACCCUCCCCUCUCCCGGCGUGUUUUAGAGGCGGGCUGCUGUCCUGCAGCCCUAGUUUGCCGCUGUCAGUCGGUUUCCUUCCUUUGUUAACGAGGCUCCCAGACGCGCGAGGCGAGUGAGUGGCGCGAGUGGCGAGAAACCUUUGAGCGAGGCUCGGUCUCGCAAAGGAGAAGCAGAUAAGAGGACUGCUACCGAGCCGAGACUUGCUGCUCCCGUGCAGGAGUAACUGGCGUCCUGAGUGCUGAGGUCCAGAUUCCAGGUUGUACUGGAACAUUAACUGACUCUUUGGUGGGGGAUCCACACCUGGAAGAUUUCCAGAGUCUUCCCAGCAUCCUGCCUGUGGCCUACUACAUAGUGGCAUUGAAUGUUCACAGGAAGCAGUGCACGGAACAGCUGCAUAAGGCCACCCACCAAACUUAAUGAAGGAUGCCAGAGUGGAAAAAUUUUGAUGUGCCAGUAUCUUCAUUCUACAGUGUGUUCCAUUCUUUUGCAAUCUCAGAAAAAAAAAUGGUAUUAAAAGAAAAUAUUUUGUGAAAUAAGAUCAUUUUCCAUUUUUAAUGACCAACAUGUAGUAAGAUGGACAUCUGCUCUACAGAAUACAAAGUUCUAUGGUCUCAAAAAAGCCAGAACCUGUUUAAAACUGAUCCUAAAUAAAAAUAGACCUGAAUGGAUAUGAGAAGGUUUAUCAGUGGCAGAAGACUCAAAAAAUGGCAGUUUAUUCAGUUAUUUGCCACUUGUUUUAUACUAAGCCUCAUGUUUUUUUGGGACCCGAUUGAUAAUCACAUUGUGAGACAUAUGAAGUCCUACUCUUACAGAUACCUCAUAAACAGCUACGACUUUGUGAAUGAUACCCUGUCUCUUAAAAACAGCUUAGCUGGGGCUCGCUACCAAUACUUGAUUAACCAUGAGGAAAAGUGUCACGCACAAGACGUCCUCCUGUUACUGUUUGUAAAGACUGCUCCCGAAAACUAUGAUCGACGUUCUGCAAUUAGAAAAACAUGGGGCAAUGAGAAGUAUGUUAGGUCUCAGCUUAAUGCCAAUAUCAAAACAUUGUUUGCCUUAGGAACUCCUAAUCCAUUGAAGGGAGAAGAACUGCAAAGAAAAUUGGUUUGGGAAGAUCAAAUGUACCAUGAUAUAAUUCAGCAAGACUUUAUUGAUUCUUUCUACAAUCUUACUCUUAAAUUACUUCUGCAGUUCAGUUGGGCAAAUACCUUUUGUCCACAUGCCAAAUUCCUUAUGACUGCUGAUGAUGACAUAUUUAUUCACAUGCCAAAUCUCAUUGAAUACCUUCAAAGUUUAGAACAAAUUGGUGUUCAAGACUUUUGGAUUGGCCGUGUUCAUCGUGGUGCUCCUCCCGUUAGAGAUAAAAGCAACAAAUAUUAUGUCUCCUAUGAAAUGUACCAGUGGCCAGCUUACCCUGACUAUACUGCUGGAGCGGCCUAUGUAAUCUCUGGUGAUGUGGCUGCCAAAGUGUACGAGGCAUCACAGACACUUAAUUCUAGUCUUUACAUAGAUGAUGUGUUCAUGGGCCUUUGUGCCAAUAAAGUGGGGAUAGUACCACAACACCAUGUGUUUUUUUCUGGGGAAGGUAAAACUCCUUAUCAUCCCUGCAUCUACGAGAAAAUGAUGACAUCUCAUGGACAUGUACAGGAUCUUCAGUACCUUUGGGACAAUGCCACAGAUCCUAAAGUAAAAACCAUUUCAAAAGGGUUUUUUGGUCAAAUAUACUGCAGGUUAAUUAAGAUAGCUCUCCUUUGCAAAUUGACCUAUGUGGACACAUAUCCUUGUAGGGCUGCAUUUGUCUAAUAGUACUUGAAUGUUGCAUGUUUUCACUGUCACUGAGCCAGACCUGGAUGAAAAACUUUUACAUGUUUGUCUACUCUAAGUAAAAUGAAUAUGAAAGACAAAGAAAUAUUUUGAAAGCCCAGUCUAUCAGAAUGUUUCUUUGAUUCUAGAAGCUAUUUAAUGACGUAUCUACUUCAUUGCCUAAAUUUACUUCCAGGUAUUCAUAUUUAGAAGAGUUUAUACUAUUAAUGAAAACAAAACUAAAGGGAAAUUCAAGUUCUCAUUUAAUGCCACAUGUCUAUUUUUGGUGAUGAGAAGUUAAGAAGCCUUGCUGUUAGAAUAACUGCUUUUGGAAAAUACCAUCUUUGAAGAAAUUAAUAGAUUGUUAGACCAGGUAUACAAGUUAAUUUUUGUUAAAGAGCACUUCAUGGAGGUGGUAGGGCCAGGGAAGCAUUGGCAUAGGAGAAAGUACAUGAAUCUGGUAAAAAAAAAAACAAAAAAACAAAAAAACCUUUUAAGAGGAGAUGUAGGAAAAUGUACAUCAUUUCAUUAUAAACAGCCAAAUUAUUUAUUGUUAUAUCCAAGUAGCUAUUUUUACCUACAUGAUGUUGGAGUCAUUUAAAAUAUAUCUUUUUUUCAAAGUUUAAUGUAAACCUUGAGAAAAGUCAUUAACUCUGUCCUAACUGGUACUUCAUAUUUUUUUAAAUUUUCUUUAAAAUUUUAGAAAAUGACACAAAACAUGGAUAGUUUGUUGCCCAUAGGGUCCUUCUCUAGGGAGAAAUCAUUGUUACUUCAAAUAAGAUGAUUUUAAUUUAAUGAAAUUUUCAGCUGGAUUUAAAAUAUUCAAUAUUGGUCUGUACUUAAGGUUGUUAUUUGAAUGUAGUUUACAUAGAGUAAUAUAAUAAUGGGGACUUUAAAAGGAAAGAUAGAACAUUAAAAGCCUCUUUUCUCCAUAAUUUAUAAAAUUUUGGUGUCCACAUCAUUGUACUGAUUACUAAAAUUAGCUCACCCAUCCCCAAGAAGGUCUCUUAAACUACAGUAGGUUGUUCCAAGUUCAGAGUUUUAAAUUGAGAAUAUUAAACAUCGAAGCUAUAAUAUCUAUUUUUUUAUAAAGUAACUAUCAGAAGUGAUCUUUAUCUUUUACUUAUUUCAAACUUGAAAGCAGAGUAAAAGUGAUGGGAAAGUUGCCAAAAAGGUUUAAAGCAUUUGUAAAGCUACAUGUUCCCUGUAAUCAAAGGGAUGUGGCUGAGAUCUAAUAAAGUGAUGUUUGUUUUACAAGGCAGGAUAAAAAUGUGGCUGUGAUGUAAACUACCUCCCCUCACUACAGAAAGAAUUGGGUAAUAUCCAUUGCUAGGGAGAUUAUAUGAGGGCCAAAAUAAUGACUUCAGCAAAAGUAGUUGAAAGGAUUAUAAAACCUUGUUUGCAGAGGCACCUGUUAGGGAAAAUAGGAUGUCUCAUUUAAUAAGAUGAUGUCUGAAACAUGCAAAACAAAACUAAAAAAGAUUUCUCAGUAGACACAACUGGAUUAUGAUAUUUAUAAUUUUUAGCAGAUAGCUUUUUGAAAAUGUUUACAGAAAUUUUUUGUUAAUUUUUUUCUAUUUUGAAAUUUGAGGCUUGUUUACAUUGCUUAGAGAAUUUAGUAUCUUUAAUGUCAGAACUAUGGUAUCAAAUAUUCUAGGUUGUAGUUACUUUCAGAGUAGGUUCAAGGUUUUAGAGCAUCAUGGUUUAAAUUUUCUAAUCAAUUUUAAAAACUGUGAGAACAAAAGCAUAUCUGGACAAAGCAGGCUUAUAAUUAAUUUUUAUUAGUUGAUUCUUUUUUUUUUGAGACAGGGUCUCGCUUUGUUGCCCAGGCUAGAGUGA